UCAAGGCUUUCUUCUCCUGCAGGGUGAUGGUGUGGGACGUCAGUAAGAGAGAGGCUGUGUGCGGGAGCCCGGCCUCGCCGCGCAGCGCCGGCAAUGCCAACGUCGUCAUGUGCUCCAGCUGCAGGGACGAGGUGUUUGUCACUGCUGGAAAUUUCACCAUUCGAGUGUGGGAACUCGACACAGCAACUAAAACAAUCCAUCCAUCUGAAUGCUACGCGGGGCAACUGAGAGGAAUCACCGUGUGUGUUCAGAUGACAGACGAUGAUGGUGAUUUUCAUCUUGGCACGACGAGUGGAGAUGUCCUGAAAGUGAACACAAGCAGCAAGGUGCUGACUGCCUGUGGGCCCCAGAAGAAGAAGUUGAGCAUGGUGAGUAGCAGCUCUGUGACUCCAAUUCUGUCCUUGUCCUGCUCUUUGUUAGUGACUGAAGGCAGAGCAACCUGCGGGAGAACCAUCACAAAGCGGAUUCUCAGACUAACGCUUUUCCUGCGCUGUCAGGAACGACCCCUGAACGACCACCAGAGGACACUGCGCAUGCUUAGAGUAGUUCCAAGGUGUUGCAACUGAUAUUGUGAAAUAAUUGUGUAACCUAAUGAAUAUGCAAUAUACACGUUGUAACUUCAAUGAAUAUGUAUGUAACCAAAUUGUAUAAAAUGGUGAAGUUUGAAUCAGUGGUCGGAA